AUGCGUUGCUGUUCAUCUGGGUUGUCCAACGCAUGCGGCGUACUCCACCAGUGGCGGGUGCCGAUUGCUGAGCCCGCGAAGACCCUGCCGACACCAAGCCAGCUGGAGGUCACAGAAGGCAUUGUUAAAUUAUGGCGACCGAAAGCUGACGCUAAGAAAUUUCUCCUCUUCCUUCACGAUGUAAAAGAAAAUCCAGAUAAGUACUUAUCAAAUUUACAAAAAUCCAAGAGUGGAAUAAUCAAAAUAAGCAAAGAAACUAACAUAUGUCCAGAAAGCCAAUAUCAAACAGUUACUGUUAGAAAAACAAUGGAAGAAGUCAAUGUAAAUUCGGUGGAAGAGAUAUUAAAGAAGAUAGUACCUGCUAAGAGUUUUCUUUAUAGGAACCAGCAGAAAAGAACUGAGAAAGCGGUGACGUCUUACUUACCGAUGGAUGCAGGCACACCGAGGAAGAAAUGGUUUUUCCGAUUAAGUUCAUACGAAUAUCCUUUUUUUGAUAUUCGAUUGAGGUUCUCGAAAACAGAUAGUAAUAUUGACAGAGGAUAUUAUUCGGUAAAAUCAAAUAAUCGUUUUUGUAUGCAAAAGUCUUAUAAAAAGCAAGAAAUUAAAACUAAAUAUAAAUCACUUCCUGCACCAGAACAGGCUAGUGAUAAUAUCCACGAAGAUCAUUUUUAUGAAGACUUAAAUUAUAAUGAAAUUACAAAAAUCAACGACAUUAAUCAAGACGAACCUAUUCGAAGCCAAGUAUCCCAGGUUAAGCCAUGCAUGGUGAAAAUACAAGAGCUGUUUCAGUCAUUCAAACUACCUUUCUUCAGAAAAAGUGAAGAAGUUUUGGAGAGGGAGAGGGGAGUUGUAAAAGAAGCAGAGAAAGAGGGAAAUAUUUAUGAGAACAACGACAGUAUUUUGGAUAUGUAUGAUUCAAUUCAUGUAGUGAAUGAAGAUACAAAAGCUGCGAGUAAAAAAGAAAAUAAUACUCUACCAGUUGAAGAUUAUUUAGAACCUGUACAGCUAAAUAAGGACUACUGCGAUGUCACCGUAAAACAGAAAGAAGAAUCAUUGCUGGGUUACAUAUUGAGCUAUUUCGAGAGCCGAUUUGGAUUUAGAAGAGAAACGAAUGACGGAACUCUUUCGGAAGAAUCUGAAACGGAUUCUAAGGAAUGUGAGGACAAAUGGAACGUGACGAAGCCUGGCGGGAGCAUGGCGGCACGGCCUUUACCCGUCCCAAUUGAAAAUGAGCCGUUCUACAUGAACGUGGACCGAAGCGAAGCGGAGAAUUUGCUUCGCGGUCAACCGGAUGGGACAUUUGUGCUUCGACCGUCGAGUCAGCCCAGCCACACCUAUACACUCAGCGUUUCCUGUGGCAACGCUGUACACAACGUGGGGGUUCGACGACGCCCUGAUGGAAGACUGGCGCUCGGCUUCGCUCGCCGUGGCGAACGGAGCUUCAGUAGUGUGACGUCAUUAUUACGUCACCAUCGCCGCCGUCGGCUGCUGCUGGUGGCGGCUGGUGACGUCAUUGGUGCGACCACUCUAAACGAAACGCCGCAUUACUACCAAACGCCGAGCAACGUGCCCGUGCUUCAUGUGUAG